GACCAGAGCAGGAAGAGCCGCGGCGAGGCGGUGGCGGCCGGGAGAGAGGCGGCGGUGGCAGAGGCGACAGCGACGGCUCCAAGCGGGUGGCAGCGGCCCCGCCAGCAGGAUGCGGGUCCGGGUCGGGCUGACGCUGCUGCUCUGUGCGGCGCUGCUGGGCUCGUCCCCGGCGUCCUCGGAUGAAGAAGGUGGCCAGGAUGAAUCCUUAGAUUCCAAGACUUCUCUGCCAUCAGAUGAGUCCGUGAAGGACCACAGCUCAACGGGCAGAGUAGUUGCUGGUCAGAUAUUUGUUGAUUCAGAAGAACCUGAAUUGGAACCACCUCUCCAAGAAGAAGGUGACAAGGUGAGAGUCCAAGAAGAGGAAUCUGUCACUGAAGACAUCAGCUUCCUAGACUCUCCAACCCCAGAAAACAAGGACUAUGAGGAACCCACGAAAGGACGGAAAUCAGCUUUGACGGCCAUUGAAGGCACAGCACAUGGGGAGCCCUGCCAUUUCCCUUUUCUCUUCAUGGAUAAGGAAUAUGACGAAUGCACACCAGACGGAAGGGAAGACGGCAGGCUGUGGUGUGCUACGACCUAUGACUACAAGGCUGAUGAGAAGUGGGGUUUCUGUGAAACUGAAGAGGAAGCUGCUAGAAGGCGGCAGAUGCAGGAAGCAGAAGUGAUGUAUCAGACUGGCAUGAAAAUCCUCAAUGGAAGCAAUAAGAAAAGCCAAAAAAGAGAAGCAUAUCGGUAUCUUCUGAAGGCAGCAGGCAUGAACCAUACCAAGGCCUUGGAGAGAGUCUCAUAUGCUCUUUUGUUUGGUGACUACCUGACGCAAAAUAUCCCAGCAGCUAAAGAGAUGUUUGAGAAACUGACUGAGGAAGGCUCUCCCAAAGGACAGACUGCUCUUGGCUUUCUCUAUGCCUCUGGACUUGGUGUUAACUCCAGUCAAGCAAAGGCCCUUGUAUAUUACACUUUUGGAGCUCUGGGAGGCAACCUAAUAGCUCACAUGGUUUUGGGUUACCGGUACUGGGCUGGCAUCGGAGUCCUCCAGAGCUGUGAAUCUGCAUUGACACACUAUCGUCUAGUUGCCAAUCAUGUUGCUAGUGAUAUUUCGCUGACUGGAGGCUCAGUAGUACAAAGAAUACGGCUGCCUGAUGAGGUGGAAAAUCCAGGAAUGAACAGUGGAAUGCUAGAAGAAGAUCUGAUUCAAUAUUACCAGUUUUUAGCUGAAAAGGGCGACGUCCAAGCACAGGUCGGUCUGGGACAGCUGCAUCUGCACGGAGGGCGUGGAGUAGAACAAAAUCACCAGAGGGCUUUUGACUACUUCAACUUAGCAGCUAAUGCCGGCAAUUCACACGCUAUGGCCUUCUUGGGAAAGAUGUAUUCAGAGGGGAGUGAUACUGUGCCUCAGAGUAAUGAGACAGCUCUCCAGUACUUUAAGAAAGCUGCUGAAAUGGGUAACCCCGUUGGACAGAGUGGGCUGGGAAUGGCUUAUCUCUAUGGAAGAGGAGUCCAAGUGAAUUAUGACCUGGCACUGAAGUAUUUCCAGAAGGCUGCUGAGCAAGGCUGGGUGGAUGGACAACUACAGCUUGGUUCCAUGUACUACAAUGGCAUUGGAGUCAAGAGGGAUUAUAAACAGGCUCUGAAGUAUUUUAACUUAGCUUCUCAAGGUGGCCACAUCUUGGCUUUCUACAACCUGGCCCAGAUGCACGCCAGCGGCACAGGUGUGAUGCGGUCAUGUCACACCGCGGUGGAGUUGUUCAAGAAUGUGUGUGAACGAGGCCGCUGGUCCGAGAGGCUCAUGACUGCCUAUAACAGCUAUAAAGACGGUGACUACAAUGCUGCGGUGACCCAGUACCUCCUGCUGGCAGAACAAGGCUAUGAAGUGGCACAGAGCAACGCGGCCUUCAUCCUUGAUCAGCGAGAAGCUACCAUUGUAGGUGACAAUGAAACUUAUCCCAGAGCAUUGCUUCACUGGAACAGGGCCGCCUCUCAAGGCUACACUGUGGCUAGAAUUAAGCUUGGCGACUACCAUUUCUAUGGCUUCGGCACCGACGUGGAUUAUGAGACGGCAUUUAUUCAUUACCGGCUGGCAUCUGAACAGCAGCACAGCGCCCAAGCUAUGUUCAAUCUGGGAUACAUGCAUGAGAAAGGACUGGGCAUUAAACAGGAUAUCCACCUCGCAAAGCGUUUUUAUGACAUGGCAGCUGAAGCCAGCCCAGACGCUCAAGUACCAGUCUUCCUGGCGCUCUGCAAGUUGGGUGUUGUGUAUUUCCUACAGUACAUACGGGAGAUGAAUAUCCGAGAUAUCUUCAACCAACUUGACAUGGACCAGCUCUUGGGACCUGAAUGGGACCUUUACCUCAUGACGAUCAUUGCCCUGCUGCUGGGAACAGUGAUAGCCUACAGGCAGCGGCAGCACCAAGAUAUGCCAGUGCCCAGACCCCCGGGACCACGGCCGGCCCCCCCGCCGCAGCAGGAGCAGCCGCCAGAACAGCAACCAGCGCAGUAACAGCCGCCAGAUCAGCCUUGGCCAGUGACAGCGAAGGACAUGACUUGCUGAGGACACUCGCGUUGGAGUUCGGACGUCUCGGACCAGGGGCCACCUCAAGAGGCAUGGGAGGCAUUGAAUUCCAAAAGCUGCUUAGAAUCUGAUGAUGCCUUUAUUUUCAGGGAUAAGUAACUCUUAACCUAAACUGAGUUGAAUGUUUUUUUCAGUGCCGAGUGGAAUUAACAACCCUCAGAGGCUUUCCUUGCCCCUCCUCCCCCACCCCCUGGACACAUGAGACACUCAGCAUCUGCUAGAUCCUGGGGUUCUGUGGUCAUUCUCUCAGUGUGCAUACACCCUCUGUCAGCCAUCUUUAAGGUCUUGUGCAACAACACUAAAAACUGUAAUGGAAAAAAAAGAAGAAGAAGAAAACCUGGUUAAUUUUAAUGUUGACAUAUUUGAAGGCCAAAAAAUAGCAUUUGCCAUUUAAGUUAAAAAAAAAAAAAAGUCUUCAAAGUGUUUCAGAACUGCAGACAGAAACUCACCAGUCCACAUACGAGCAAGUAUACAUCUUCAGCAUACUUGUCAUUUUUAAAGAGAAGGGUGGGAGGUUUCUUACUGGUGAUGGUCAUGCUUUUUAUCAUUUCUGUCUUUCACGGACUCAAAGGUAUUGUUAAAAAAUUUCACAUGAGCCUUCUUUGAAAUGGACUGUAUAGGAGAGUGCGAACUGACUCCCUGAGCUAACAUGUGAAUCUGCCUCACAUCUCAACGUUACGUGCUUGCUUGAGUGCAUAGAGCCUUGAUCCAGAAGCCAGAGGAUGGACGGAAUGGGAGAAAGGAGACAGCCGAAUUAAUUAAUGGACUGUAGGUCUGGGUAUCAGGAACAUAGAUAGACUUUCCCAAAAGCUGAAGCAUUUUUUCCCAGCAUGUAUUUUACUUUGCAUUUCUGUUGCAAAAGAACAGAGCCACCCUGAUGAAUUCCAGAAAUACAAAAUACCACUGCCAAAUAAGGCGUGCGGUAACUACCAUGGCCAUACUACAGCUCGGAGAAUCAAAUAUGCAUUAAACUCAGUGGUUGAAGAAAGCCAAAACCUGUUUAUACUAUUCCUUCCCAUGCAGGCAGAGUUUUCUUCCUGCACUUUGUUACUUCCAGCAGAAAGUCAACUACACCCUUAGUAUUAGCACCCUGCCAACCUCUCACUGUUCCCGUUAGGAAAACCAGUGCUAUUAGUCUUCAGAAAUAUCUGGUUCAGUAGUACAGAAAGCAGCAGCAACAGCAACACAUUCAAAAAGAAGAAGAAUUGCACAUACCAUACAAACAAAAC